CGGGUGGCAUAGUCUGGAAGGUCACCAGUGUACGUUCAAACCGCAAAACGUGGAUCGCAAUUUGUUCGUCAAGGUGCGUUCACACCAUCAGACGAAAUCACAUGAAGCUGUACUAGAAUGGUGGACCCUAUAAAAAAACCUACACUGAUCAGUUUUCUCUUCACUCGCAUUCUUACAGAAUAAGAACAUCCAUCCAUACGACAUACGACUAGAUCUUCGUGGAAAACCCAAAAUCUUGGUUUUGUUCACUAAUACUAGUGGAGAAUAUGAAGCAAACCAUAACCAUUGAGGCGCAGUUUAGAUGUGCAAAAUGUCGGUCCAAGGCCAUGGAAAUAGCUGUUGCAGAAGACGGUGUAACAUCAGUGGCCUUUAAGGGGGCCAAUAGAGAUCAACUGGUGAUUACCGGAGAUGGAGUUGAUGCAGCGGGGUUGGCCAAGUCAUUGAGGAAGAAGCUUGGCCAUGCAGACUUGCUGAGUGUAGAAGAAAAGUGAAUCUUAAAAAGAAAACAAAAUCGUGCAUCAUAUGAUGCUACUCCACUUACAAGAGAAAAACUUUCUUUCACCACCCUCACCAGUUGGAAUUCUACAUCAAUGAGCCACCACGAAUGAGUGCUUGCACCAUUUUGUAGGUGAACUUGCAUCAUUUUCAGGGAAAGGACUGUUGGUUUGGAAGUCAUAAUCAUUUUGUCAAAAAAAAAAAAAAAUCCUAGCCUACUACCUCGACUGAUUUUGUGGCAAUAGAAUUUUACGGGGUAAUUUCAUUGUAUUCCUUCUUUGAAAUAUAUAUACAUACAAUUCGUGUUCCAUAAGGAAACAAAUAAUAAACGACAAUCCUUCCU